AUGGCAAACCCCAAUUCCCUUAAACUAGAACUGGUUACUUCAGAAGAUAUCCCCGCCCUCAUCGACCUCUGGUUCCGAGUCUUCACCGACCCCAGCAUGCAGCAUCUCUUCCCCGACACACCCGGCGUAUGCGAAUGGUGGACCGACGCCAACCGGCACGACCUGGUGCACAAGCCUUUUCAGCGCUACUUGAAAAUCAUCGACCCCGACUCAAUCGAUGAUCAAGGCCGGCCGAGAAUGGUGGCCUAUGCGAAAUGGGACUUGGGCUCGCUCGACGUGCGAGGGAGUCGCUUCCCGCCCUGGCACGAGGAUAUGCCUGGGCGGGAUUGUGAGCAGUUCUUUGGGCGGUUGGAUAGUGAGAGGAGGGUGAUUAUGGGGGAGCGGAAGCAUUUUUACUUGGAUAUGCUUGGGACGGACCCGGCUUAUCGACGCUGCGGGGCGGCCUCGAUGCUCCUUCGCUGGGGAUGUGAUCUGGCUGAUCAGGAAGAGACCGCUGCCUACGUUGAUGCCUCGAGGGAUGGUGCUCCUUUGUAUGGGAAGUUUGGAUUUGUGGAUCGCACGGUAUCGGCUGGAGGAACUGCUUCAAUGGUUCGGGAAUAG